AUGGAUGCAGGCCUCUCCUUCUACACCCGCGUGAUCGAGAACUGCGAGGAUGAAGCCAAGUUUGACGAGACCUUCCGGUGGCCCAUUGCCAGCAACAUCAAUGGCAACGAGAUGCUGGAGAUCCAGGUCUUCAACUACAGCAAGGUCUUCUCCAACAGACUUAUUGGCACUUUCCGGAUGGUCCUGCAGAAGGUGGUGGAGGAAGGGCAGCUGGAGGUGACGGACACAUUAAUAGACGACAACAACUCUGCUAUUCGGACCAGCGUCUCCAUAGAGAUCCGAUACCAGGCCAUGGACGGCACGGUGGGCACGUGGAGCGACGGGGAGUUCCUGGAGAGCCCGCACAGCCGCUCGGAGAGCGAGGGCAGGUACGCCCUGGACACCGACAGCCUGAUCUCCGGCCACCGGCACGGCACCUCGGGGCCCCCCAGCAAGUCGGCGGAGAGGAGCUUCCGGAGAUCCGGGAAAGGAGUAUUUUCGGCGAUGAAACUGGGCAAGAUGCGCCCACCGAAAGAGGAUCACCGGAAGCAAGAUGAACCAGCCGUCCUGGAGACAGAAGACCUGGACCGGAAAGCCAUGCGGCUUGGAGGAGGCCUGGACCCAGACACCAUCUCUCUGGCGUCGGUCACCGCUGUUACCACUAAUGUUUCGAACAAAAGGUCAAAGCCUGACAUCAAGAUGGAGCCAAGUGCUGGCCGGCCAAUGGAUUACCAAGUGAGCAUCACGGUCAUCGAGGCACGGCAGCUGGUGGGGCUGAACAUGGACCCUGUGGUGUGCGUGGAGGUGGGAGAUGAGAAGAAGUACACCUCCAUGAAGGAGUCCACCAACUGCCCCUACUACAACGAGUACUUUGUCUUCGAUUUCCAUGUGCCCCCGGACGUCAUGUUUGAUAAGAUCAUCAAGUUGUCGGUGAUCCACUCUAAGAACCUCCUGCGCAGCGGGACCUUGGUGGGCUCCUUCAAAAUGGACGUGGGGAUGGUUUACACACAGCCUGAGCACCAGUUCUACCACAAAUGGGCCAUCCUGUCCGACCCCGAGGACCUCACGGCUGGGCUGAAAGGCUACCUGAAGUGCGACAUCGCGGUGGUGGGGAAAGGGGACACCAUCAAGACGCCGCACAAAGCCAACGAGACCGACGAGGACGAUAUCGAGGGGAACCUGCUCCUCCCCGAUGGCGUCCCCCCAGAGAGACAGUGGGCUCGCUUCUACGUCAAGAUCUACCGUGCAGAGGGGCUCCCGCGUAUGAACACCAGCAUCAUGGCCAACGUGAAGAAGGCUCUCAUCGGGGAGAACAAGGACCUGGUGGAUCCCUACGUCCAAGUGCUCUUUGCAGGACAACGGGGGAAGACGUCGGUGCAGAAGAGCAGCUAUGAGCCCCAGUGGCACGAGCAGAUCGUCUUCACGGAGAUGUUCCCCCCGCUGUGCAAGAGGAUCAAGAUCCAGAUCCGGGAUUCAGACAAGGUCAACGACGUAGCCAUUGGGACACACUUCAUUGACCUGCGGAAGAUCUCCAACGAGGGGGACAAAGGCUUCCUGCCCACCUUUGGCCCAGCCUGGGUGAACAUGUACGGCUCCACCCGCAACUACACGCUGAUGGAUGAGCACCAGGACCUGAAUGAAGGGCUGGGGGAGGGCGUCUCCUUCCGCGCCCGGCUGCUCAUCAGCCUGGCCAUCGAGAUCCUGGACACGAGCAACCCCGAGAUCAACAGCUCCACCGAGGUGCAAGUGGAGCAGGCCACGCCGGUCGCAGACAAUUGCACUGGGAAAAUGGAGGAGUUCUUCCUCUUUGGAGCCUUCCUGGAAGCAUCCAUGAUCGAUAGGAAGAUUGGGGACAAGCCCAUCAACUUUGAGGUCACCAUAGGUAACUACGGGAACCAGAUUGACGGUACCGGCAAGCCCAACCCACGGAGGAGGAAGGAAGACGGGGACGAGGAGGAGUCUGAGCUGCUCCAGAGCCUGAGUGAUGACGAGGCCGAUGAGGACGGGGAGCUGGUCUCUGUCUCCUCCACUCCACCCUUGAAGCCCCUGAUCACUGACAGGAACUACUUCCACUUGCCUUACUUUGACAAGAAGCCCUGCAUCUACAUCAAGAGCUGGUGGCAGGACCAGCGGCGGAGGCUGUACAACUCCAACAUCAUGGACAAGAUUGCCGACAAGCUGGAAGAGGGGCUCAACGACGUGCACGAGAUGAUCAAGACAGAGAAGCCGCACCCCGAGCGCCGGCUCCGGGGGGUCCUGGAAGAGCUGAGCAGCGGCUGCUUCCGCUUCGUGACCCUCGCCAACAAGGACGAGAACCACUCCUCCCGGACCCGGCUGGACCGCGAGCGCCUCAAGUCCUGCAUGAGGGAGCUGGAGAACAUGGGCCAGCAAGCCAAGACGCUGAGGUCCCAGGUGAAGAAAAACACCAUGAAGGACAAGCUGAAGCUGGUGCAGAACUUCCUGCAGAAACUCCGCUUCCUGGCCGACGAGCCUCAGCACAGCAUCCCCGACAUCUUCAUCUGGAUGAUGAACAACAACAAGCGCAUCGCCUAUGCCCGCAUCACCUCCAAGGACAUCCUCUACUCCAUCGUGGAUGAGGAGACCGGGAAGGACUGCGCCAAAGUCAAGACCGUCUUCCUGAAGCUGCCCGGCAAGAGGGGCUUUGGGCCGGCCGGCUGGACGGUGCAAGCCAAGAUGGACAUCUACCUGUGGCUGGGCCUCAACAAGCAGCGCAAGGACUUCCUCAGCGGCCUGCCUUGCGGCUUCGAGGAGAAGAAGACCAUCAAAGGCCAAGGCAUCCCGUCCUUCCCCCCCAUCAGCCUCCUCUACACAAAGAAACAAGUCUUCCAGCUCCGUGUCCACAUGUACCAGGCCAGGAGCCUCUUCGCCGCAGACAGCAGCGGUCUCUCAGACCCCUUUGCUCGGGUCUUCUUCAUCACCCAGAGCCAGUGCACAGAGGUGCUGAAUGAGACCCUGUGCCCCACUUGGGACCAGCUGCUGGUCUUCGACAACGUGGAGCUGUUCGGAGAAGUCCAUGAGAUGCGGGACGAUCCCCCCAUCAUCGUCAUUGAGAUCUAUGACCAGGACACGGUGGGGAAGGCAGAUUUCAUGGGCCGCACCUUUGCCAAGCCGGUGGUGAAGAUGUCGGAUGAGGACUACAGCGGGCCGCGCUUCCCGCCCCAGCUGGAGUACUACCAGAUCUACCGGGGCAACUCCACCGCCGGCGACCUGCUGGCUGCCUUCGAGCUGCUCCAGAUUGGCGCCGGGGGCAAGUCGGACUUGCCCCCCAUCGACGGUCCCACAGACAUGGACCGGGGCCCCAUCCUGCCUGUGCCCAUGGGGAUCCGGCCUGUGCUGAGCAAGUACAGAGUGGAGAUCCUCUUCUGGGGGCUGCGGGACCUGAAGCGCGUGAACCUGGCACAGGUCGACCGGCCCCGCGUGGACAUCGAGUGCGCCGGCCGGGGCGUCCAGUCCUCCCUGAUCCAGAACUACAAGAAGAACCCCAACUUCAGCACCUUGGUCAAGUGGUUCGAAGUGGACCUCCCGGAGAACGAACUGCUGCACCCACCCCUGAACAUCCGGGUGGUGGACUGCCGGGCCUUCGGGCGCUACACCCUCGUGGGCUCGCACGCCGUCAGCUCCCUGCGCAAGUUCAUCUACCGGCCCCCGGACAAGAAAGCCCAGCAGUGGAGCACCACAGCCAAGCUGCUCAACCUCUACAUGGCCCUGUCAAAUGGAGGCCCCUACUCUCACCCCGCAGGCGAGAUCGUCGUCAACAUGGAGCCAGAAGUUCCCAUCAAGAAGAUGGAGACAAUGGUGAAGCUGGAGGCCAACUCGGACGCGGUGGUCAAAGUGGAUGUGCCUGAAGAUGAGAAAGAGAAGGAAAAGAAGAAGAAGAAGAAGAAAGGUGGAGCGGAGGAGAUGGAGGAGGAGGAGCCCGAUGAGAGCAUGCUGGACUGGUGGUCCAAGUACUUUGCUUCCAUCGAGACCAUGAAGGAGCAACUUCGGCAGCAGGAGGCAGCCGCAGCAGAGGCCGAGGAGAAGGAAGAAAUGGACAUAGCAGAGGGCUCCAAGGGCCAGCCCAAGACCAAAGAGAAGGUCAAGGCACCCAAGGAGGACAAGAAGAAGAAGCAGCAGCAACAGCAGCAGCAGCAGCAGCAGCCUGAGGUCCCCGAGAAGAAGAACAAGCAGAAAAUUGAUGAGAUGAAGAUCUUCAACAAAGAGCUGGAAGCCGAGUUCGACAACUUCGAGGACUGGCUGCACACGUUCAACCUCUUCCGGGGCAAGAUUGGGGAUGACGACGACAGCACGGCAGACGACGAGCGCAUUGUGGGGAGGUUCAAGGGCUCCAUGUGUGUCUACAAAGUGCCGCUCCCAGACGACAUCACCAAGGAGGCAGGCUACGACCCCAACUUCGGCAUGUUCCAGGGCAUCCCCAGCAACGACCCCAUCAACGUGCUGGUCCGUGUGUACGUCAUACGGGCUACAGACCUGCACCCUGCCGACAUCAACGGGAAAGCUGACCCCUACAUCGCCAUCAAGCUGGGCAAGACAGACAUCAAGGACAAGGAAAACUACAUCUCCAAGCAGCUCAACCCCAUCUUUGGAAAGUCGUUCGACAUCGAGGCCACCUUCCCCAUGGAGUCCAUGCUGACAAUAGCAGUGUACGACUGGGACCUAGUGGGCACCGACGACCUUAUCGGGGAGACCAAGAUCGACCUGGAGAACCGCUACUACAGCAAGCACCGGGCCACCUGCGGCAUCUCCCAGAACUAUGCCAUCCAUGGCUACAACAUCUGGCGAGACCCCAUGAAGCCCACGCAGAUCCUGUCCAAGCUGUGCAAGGAGGGCAAGGUGGAUGGGCCCCACUUCGGGCCCAGCGGACGGGUGAAGGUGGCCAAUCGUGUCUUCACUGGCCCCACCGAGAUCGAGGAUGAAAAUGGCCAGAAGAAGAAGACGGAUGAACAUCUGGGGCUGAUGGUCCUGCACCACUGGGAGGACAUCCCGCGCGUGGGCUGCCGCUUGGUGCCUGAGCAUGUGGAGACGCGGCCACUGCUCAACCCCGACAAGCCUGGCAUCGAGCAGGGCCGGCUGGAGAUGUGGGUGGACAUGUUCCCGAUGGACAUGCCGGCGCCAGGCACGGCCAUCGACAUCUCGCCCAGGAAGCCAAAGAAAUACGAGCUGAGAGUCAUCGUGUGGAACACGGACGAGGUCGUCCUGGAAGAUGAUGAUUAUUUCACCGGGGAGAAAAGCAGCGACAUCUUUGUGCGAGGGUGGCUGAAAGGCCAGCAGGAAGACAAGCAGGACACAGACGUCCACUACCACUCACUGACGGGUGAGGGCAACUUCAACUGGCGCUACAUCUUCCCAUUUGACUACCUGAUGGCUGAGGAGAAGAUUGUCAUCUCCAAGAAGGAGUCCAUGUUCUCCUGGGAUGAGACUGAGUACAAGAUCCCUGCACGUCUCACCCUGCAGGUCUGGGAUGCCGACCACUUCUCCGCUGACGACUUCCUUGGCGCCAUCGAGCUGGACCUCAACCGGUUCCCGCGGGGUGCUAAGACGGCCAAGCAGUGUACCCUGGAGAUGGUGACAGAGACCGACCUGCCCAUGUUCUCCAUCUUCAAGCAGAAGCGGGUAAAGGGCUGGUGGCCAUUCAUCGCCCGGAACGAGGAUGAUGAGAUGGAGGUCACGGGGAAGGUGGAGGCUGAGCUGCACCUGCUGACAGCUGAGGAGGCAGAGAAAUCCCCUGCGGGGCUGGCACGCAAUGAGCCCGACCCACUGGAAAAGCCCAACCGCCCCGACACCUCCUUCAUCUGGUUCCUCAACCCGCUCAAGUCCAUCAAGUACCUCAUCUGCACCCGCUACAAGUGGCUUAUCAUCAAGAUCGUGCUGGCUUUGCUGCUCAUCAUCAUGGUGGGACUCUUCCUCUACAGCAUGCCUGGCUACAUGGUCAAGAAGCUUCUGGGGGCAUGA